AUGGGAAUCAACUGGUCUUCUGUUAGGAAUGUCAUGGACAUGAGAGCUGUAUACGGAGGGUUUGCUGCAGCACUAAAAGACUUGAAAGUAUGGGUUAUGAAUGUAGUCCCAGUUGACUCCCGUGACACACUCCCGAUAAUUUUUGAGCGUGGUUUAACUGGGAUAUAUCAUGAUUGGUGUGAGUCGUUCAGUACCUACCCCAGAACUUAUGAUCUUCUACAUGCAGAUCAUCUAUUCUCCGUCCUUAAAAAAAGAUGCAACUUAGUGGCAGUGAUUGCCGAAGUUGAUAGGAUACUUAGGCCAGAAGGGAAGCUAAUCAUAUGGGACAAUGCUGAAACCUUAAACGAGGUCGAGAGCAUGGCUAAAUCUCUGCAGUGGGAUAUCCGAUUUACGUAUUCGAAAGACAAUGAGGGUUUGCUAUGCAUACAGAAGACAUUUUGGCGUCCUGCAGAGAGAGAAACAAUUUUGUCAGCAAUUGCCUAA